UAAGACCAACCCCCCCUGGAUGUUUCAGUUAGGUUCUGCUGCUCUGGUGUCUUGCUUGUCAGUUCUCUUGUGCGGUGGUUAGUGUCGAUUCUCCUCAACGCAUUGAUAAGAUCUCUACAAAUAAUAUUCAAGGAGUUGGACAAUAAGCGGCUCAGUCAAGACCCCUUCAAACAGAGCACAUGAGCACCCCCUGGUGGCAUUGACAAGCAUAACACCUGUGAUCAGAGACGUGGGGAAAGAGAACCACUACCUGGCUCAGCUGCAACUAACACCUCUUGUCUAUUGGAUUAUAGUUCUAUGGAGCGAAACUCACAGAGAGCCCCCAUACCAACUGGUAUUGAUCGGUAACUGAAGCAUGACAAGUUAAACUAUGCGUUAAUUAAUACCUAGAAUAAGGUAUUAAAAAGUCAACCAAAGAGUUCACUAAAGAAGACAACAAACAACAGAAACAUGGAGAUGGAAGCCUCCCGUGCUGCUUACGCUGGGACCUUCCCCACUGAAUCUAUAGGCUCUCUACCCACCAACACCUCCUCUCCAAGCCUGCUCCAAUUCUUCUGGGAUUACCAGAACAAUGAUGUCAUUGUGACGCACUACAACUACACAGGCAAGCUCCAGACAGACCGGUAUCGUGAGGGGUUAAAACCUGAAGCCAUAGCCUUCCUGGUAGUGUGUCUUCUUAUCAUCCUGGAGAAUGCUGUGGUUCUAAUAGCCAUCUGGACCAAUAAGAAGUUCCACCUGCCCAUGUACUAUCUCCUAGGUAACCUGACUCUGUCAGACCUCCUGGCCGGUGUCACCUACAUGGCCAAUAUCAUCAUGUCUGGUCCUAAUACACUGAGACUAACUCCAAUACUCUGGUUUCUGAGGGAAGGAGGCGUCUUUAUCACAUUAGCCGCCUCCGUCAUCAGCCUAUUGGCCAUCGCGAUAGAACGCCACGUUACCAUGGUGACAAUGAAACCAUACCACGGGGCAAAGAAGGGUCGGCUGCUGGCUCUGAUCGGGGGGAGCUGGGCGUUAGCAGGGCUGCUGGGGGUGCUCCCCGUCCUGGGCUGGAACUGUAUGGGUCGCCUGGACCGCUGUUCCACGGUUCUCCCGCUCUACGCCAAGUCUUACAUCCUGUGCUGCGUGUCCGUGUUCAGCGGCGUGCUCCUCGCCAUCGUCGUUCUCUACGCCCGCGUCUUCCGUAUCGUGCGCACUAACACCCAGCGCCAACGCCUCGGAGGAGCAAAGGGAAGCCUUCGCAAAGGCCUCGCCAGGAAAUCCCAGAAGUACAUGGCGCUCCUCAAGACAGUCACUAUUGUACUCGGCGUCUUCAUCGCUUGUUGGUUGCCGCUCUUCCUCCUCCUCGGCCUAGACUCAUUCUGCCCUGCCCGCCGCUGCCGACUGCUCCUCAAGGCGGACUACUUCCUGGGCGUUGCCAUGGUGAACUCGCUCCUCAACCCCAUAAUAUACACCCUGACCAGCAAAGACAUGCGUCGCGCUAUUUUAAAACUGCUCUGCCGCCCGUGUCUCAUGACCAAGGACGGGCAGGUGAAGAGGAUGGGGGUGCCGUUCCUGGAGUGUAGCUUCAGUAAGACGGAGGUGGCAUCGAAGAAGCUGGAAGGCCUGGAGACGACGAUCUCCUCUGGGAACAUCGUCACGGCUCAGUCACCCAUAAAGACUCUCUACCCCAAGCUCUUCAAGGUCUAAAGAGCCUAAUGUGGAUAGCUCUGUGAUGGACAGGUAACUAACUCCCUAUAGAAGAUGGACAACAUAAGUGCUCCAUAUGGCCUCCUGAAAAGACAGACCUGAGGGACCCUUUGGGCAGCUCUGUGUUUAAGAGAGUAAACCAUAGAAUUAGGGGCAUUGUCCCUUCCAGUAAUUGUAUUUCUAUGGAGUGAACUUCAUAUUGAAGUGGUGGACAACAGGAGUGCUCAAUAUGGCCACCUGAAAACGGCAUCACUUCCUUUUUGGCAACUCCACUCUAAUGGCCUUCGGCAGACUAGCCUACAUCUAUAGCUCUCUUCUGGCCAAUGAACUAAGCCUAAGAGCAAACCCUCAAAAAGACAGGUGAAUGAUCUAUGAUUGCGACAGAUAUAGCUACAGGUGUUUUUGAUGAGAGCAUCAAGUUCAGACAUAUCUCUCUUCAGCAAGUCUGUAGUGGUGCACUUGCAGCAAUAUCACCACAUCAAAAGACUGAUGUUGUAAGAAUGAUGACUAAACAUAAAGCCAGGUGGAAGAAAUGAAAAUGUGAAUUAAGCAACUCUUCUGGUAUUCACAAAAACCUUCCAGAACUGAUUUGCACUAAGUUAACUCUGCAUUGAGAGAGCAUUGAAAGCCAUGGAUUAAGAUUGGACAUUCUGUUCUAGAACUAAGACUGUAACCUGGACAUUCCAACCAUGUUGAGUUGUUGUGGCGAGUGCGCCUCCGUUUACUUCACCCAACGUUUUCUAUGUUGUUGUUGUUGUUGUUUGAAAUGCCUUAAAGAAGGCAUAAUAUGGACAUAAUAAUAAUAUGCCUGUGGACACCUGGACUUCGCUGGCUCGAAGGUCCAUGUUGUGCCUGCCUGUGUCCCAAAUGGCACCCUAUUCCCUAUACAGUGCACUACUUUUGACAUUUGGGGUACACUCCGAGACGCCGGUUGUGAUAACCCCAUACAGCUACACAGUGUGCCCAAACAGAAGCCUAUACAGGAAGUGGAUGCUGUGUUGUUCACCCACCAGUUGCUCUUUGAAACACAAACACACAAUGGAAACCUACGCAUGCACCUAAACAUUGUGGUACCUGGAUGUGGAGGGAGAUGUCAAACAAUAUUAAGAUCACAGGAUGCUGGUGAGGGGAGGACGGCUCAUAAUAAUGGCUGGAAUAGAAUAAAUGGAAUGGUGUUAAAAGUCAUAUAAACUAAGUGUUUUCUACCGUUCCAUUAAUUCUGUUCCAGCCAUCACUAUAAGCCCCUCCUCCCCAAUUAAGGUGCCACCAGCCACCCGUGACUAAGAUUAUAAUUUGAGUAGAAAAUCUCCCCAUUAGUGGCAUUGUAGCUGUUGUUCUGGGCUUACUCAGUCAAGUGGAAACUACCUGUUGGUUCCUGAUUGGAAUUCAUAUUUGAAAUGCCAUCACACACACUACAAUACAAAAACACUACUAUAAGAAUGUCACCAUGAACCCAACUACCUGCAGCUCUAAUCAGUGUAGACUUCUUCCCCAAGCAAAGGACUUCAUGCAGUCCUUCGUGUUCCUCUUGUGUUAUUGUAUCGAUAAGAACCGUCUGUUGCACCUGGGGGUCUCUGUUUUGAAGACCGUGUUUUAACCGAUGAAACAACAGAUCACCAGGUAACCGGUUACCAUCCUAACCUGCCAGUCGGCAUCAUCCAGCUGCAUUGGCUGUUUGGUAACGUUAGACUAGAACGUGCUUGUCAGCUAUAAAUCAAGAUCAAAGUGGGAAGAUACACAGAUGUAUACAGUGCAAUUCUAAGUUACAAACCCAUUGACACAUCUGUUAUUUCUGGCUUUAGAGAGGCUUUUCCUAUACAGUCUAUGGACCUGAAUGUAUAUUUUUCUACGUUUAAACUGGUAAUGUCAUCUAGCAAUUCCAAAAUAAAUCGUGUUCUGUAUUUGGAUGGAUGAGAUGGUGCACCAUACUUUUGUACUGCGUGUUGUGUAUUGAGCAAUUUAUUUUUGUAUUUCUAAAGGAAUUUGUUAGGGCUUGUACUUUGUACUGUAAAGUAUAUGCUUUUUGUACUACCUAGGUUCUACCAUUAUUAAAACAACUGUUUUCUGAAGAA